GAUUGUGGUUGUUAUUAACAAAGCUUUCCCAUAAGUGGCAUUGAUAGCAGCACCAACACUUGUGUGGUCAUUUUUGUUAAAUCAAUAAACGUAUUUACAAAGAGGAAUUAAAAAAUCAAGAGAGGAGAAGAGCCAGAUGCAACUUCACAAUUUAAUUCUCUAAAAUUUACAACCGACCUGAUGAAACCCGUUUGGGUUUUGUUGACAUUACAUCACAAUCAUUUGCCUGAAAGUUUACUGUUCCACAGUUUGAGAAGUAUUUAAAAGCUUAUAAGUGUAUUACUCACUCAGCAAACUGGUGUGCUAUGAGCUGAAAGGAUCUGAAGAUAGAGGACCACACAGUGAGUACUGAGGAACCGCGUAUGAAUUAUACCUAAGAUCCAUUUUGUACCACACGUCAUGGAAGGAUUUUUCAUGUGUAGAAAAGUGCGUAACUGCGUGGGUGAUUAUGAAUAAAAACACAAUUGGACCAAAGGAAUACAUCAGUUUAACGCGUGAGUCCAAAGUGCUGCACAUGCACACUACAAUGGAAGUAGUUGCUAAUCUCAAUAAAUAUAGUUUACAUUUGUGAUAUAUUUGUGAUUUAUUCAAUACUUUGAAAAUGCCGGCGCUGUUUUGACAAACUAAAAACCUACAACUACAUUAGUCUGUAAAAAACCACAACGUGAUUUUAAAGUGUGUCUGUUUAUAUACUUUGGCGGUCCACCUGGAACUUCAUGAAAAGCAUUCAAUGUGUUCACAGUGUUUGCCCUGACCUGCUGCAUUGUGACCUCACUUAAUACACUUCAAUACAUGGAUCAAAGCUGCAUGAUGAUAUUUCCCAAUUUAACAAAUGAGUGAAAGGACAUUGGUUUGAUCACUGUCUAAACAAGGGCAUGUUUUAUUCAGGAGAUUCUGUGAAAAAGCUGUCCAUAAUCCUUAUAAUUGCUUUUCCAUUGUCCUUAUCUAUAGUUACCAUGGUGAGAGACUGCUCUGACCAACUGCUCAGAGGAAGCAAUAAAAGCGGAGUGUACCUGGUGACCCCUGACCUCCGCAGCAGAAGCUUCCCGGUCUUCUGCGACAUGGAGCUGGAUGCGGGAGGAUGGACGCUGCUGCAGCGCAGACAGGACGGCAGCGUGAGUUUUAACCGCACUUGGGAUGAGUACCGAUCAGGCUUCGGGGAGCUGGAUGGAGGGGAGUUCUGGCUGGGCAACCACAUGAUCCACCUGCUGACACGGGACAGGUACAUGGUGCUGCGGGUGGAGCUGGAGGACUUCGAUGGCGUGAUGGAGUAUGCAGAGUACGAGCACUUCAGGGUUGCCAGUGAAAGGAUGCACUACAGACUGACGGUAGGCGCUUACUCGGGUACCGCUGGUGAUGCUCUCCGCUUCAGCAAAAGUUAUGAUCACAACAACAAGGCCUUCACCACGCCGGACAGGGACAACGACCGCUAUCCAUCCGGGAACUGCGGGGCCUACUAUAGUUCAGGCUGGUGGUUUGAUUCCUGCAUGGCUGCCAAUCUCAACGGGAAAUACUACGUGGGGAGCUACAAGGGAGUGCGAGAUGGGAUUUUCUGGGGAACGUGGCGUAACAUAUCCACAGAGUAUUACCCAACCAAUGAGAGGCAGUCAUUUAAAAUGGUCAGGAUGAUGAUCCGACCAAAGAGCUUUGCACCAUGAACCUUGACUCCACCAGGACAUCGAUUUAAUAAACCCUUCUAUAUCCUUGACAUAGUUAUUGUUUACUCCUAAUACAAGGCUGCUGCCUUGUGGUGUUUGAUUCUGCAAUAAUGAUUUGUUCACAGAAUAAUAUGACAAUUACUGAGGAUGUACAUUGUUACAAAGGAAAUUAUUAUAACUACAUUGUAACUUUUUUAUAACAUUUUAAUAUUAAUAUAUUUGUGUUUUUUUAUUAUUGGAAAUUAACCAUGAGAGACGGAAAUGGGUGGUGCAGCGGAUGAUCUUUUAUUAUUGAAUUACUGGAAAGCGAGUUGAAGGUUGAUUGAAGAUAUAUGAGAUGUAUUGAAAUAACGACUGUUGUUAUAAUGAAUAAAAUAAAUAAAAAUGUUAAAAAUACAAACAUGGUUUUGCCUGUUUCUCAUUCUAUGUAUAAAAAACACUUGUUUUAAGACACAAGUUCCCUACAGCCUAUGCAGAGAGACUGACGUCACCUUCUCUGGUGCGACUGAUUGGACAAGACUUUAAAAAGAGGCGGGGCUAUAUUUAUACAAGCCUGUGACUUCCUGCUUGUCAAGAUAUUUAUUUUGUCCAGGACUAAGACCAGAAGUUAAGUAUUUUGCCGUCAACAUAAAAGAACAAAAAAUCUGGGGAGGUUACAGUCUGUUGGUAAUUUGGGCAAUUAUUCCAUCUAAAAUAGAUGAAAACAGAGCUAUUGUAUGGAAAUUCAAUUUAGAGUUAUUUAUGUAUUUGUAGAUAUGGACUACAAAGUCCAUCAUCUGAUGACACGAGGUGGGCUUUGCCAUCACGGCUUAUCUUGAUGUGCUGUCGUAAAAAGGAUCACUUUCUCUCUCGUUUCAAUGCUGUGUUUACAAGGUUCUAAAAGCAUUUCUUUUCUUUUCAAAUGACCACACAGCAAACCAGGCAGUAUUCCAGCACAGCGUUUGUUGUCACAGGGCGCUCUAGCAGGUAAAUGUGGUCAUAGCAAUGGAAAGACAUAUUGUUAAAUCUAUAUACAUUUUUGUAUAAUUCUAUAUACAUACACACAUAUAUGAUUCAUAAUGUAAUACCGGAAGACUAUCUGAGUAUAAAAGUAUAAAAUAAGCUUCGAAACAAAUCCUGCCUCAAAAUAUAAUUAAGAAAUGUACCCGUCUGAACUUUUAUCAUUCUAUUUACAACUUACAAUUGUAUUGGUUACUCAUAUUUUGUUCUUUUAUCUGGUAAUACCUUUCUCAUUUUAUUAUAGUAACACGUUUAAAUGUGUGUGUAAGGCAAAUUACACCAAGGCUCAAUAGUUUUAUUCUAUCACUUUACUUUUCCUAAUCGUAGUUGACGCUUUAAUCUGAAAACUCGUA